UCGAAGCGAACAUUCGCUUUUAAGGGCACAGAAAGUCGGGAGUUGCCGCUGCAGACGGAAGGAGAACACUAGUGUGUCUGCGAUUCACCGACCGCUCGCUUUUCCACGGCCCUGCCCGCCCGCCCGAGACCUUCUCGCCGCCGACCGAGCCCGAAAUGCGUCGGCACUGAGUCGGCCCGACUCGUUUCAAGGCUGUUCUGAUUGGAAACCACUUCAGCUGAAAAUGUCGGACUCCUCGAAGGUGCUCAGCCGGCCGUGUGUCAAGGACCUGCGCUCGCACUUGGUGUGCGGCAUUUGCAUGGGAUACUUUGUCGACGCGACCACAAUCAACGAAUGUCUGCACACAUUUUGCCGAUCAUGCAUCGUCAAGUACUUGGACACCAGCAACUACUGCCCCAUGUGCGACGUGCAGAUACACAAGUCAAAACCUCUGCAAAAUCUCAGACCAGACAAAAUGCUCCAGGACUUGGUUUACAAAGUCGUUCCCAGUUUUUACUCUUCAGAGAUGCACAAGAGGCGAGAGUUUUACUCCAAAUCAAAGGAAAAAGGUAUUCUAACACCAGAAGCUGACAACUUGAUGACCCCCGAGAUGCGAGGCGAACCUGGCGAUUCGCAGCAUUACUCUCCGGACGAGAGCAUCUCGCUGUCACUCGAGUACUACAUAGACAACGAUGAAGAGACCGACGAUGAAAAUCAGGAGGAGGACGACGACGAGCCGGAGGAAGAAGAGAGCGACGCGGAGCAAAAACCGAAUCCGACGAGGCGGUAUUACAAAUGCCCUGCCGCUGUGUGCAUCCGGAUUUUGAAGAAGCUCCUGCGCAGCAAAUACGGUCUGCCUGAGAAUGAAAAGGUUGACAUUAUCUACAAAAAGGAGUGCCUGCCCGAGCACUUCACACUCAUGGAUGUAGGCUACAUCUUUUCAUGUAAAAAGAAGGGACUGCUGAAGUUUUACUUCCGCUUUUACACGCGGCCGCAGUCGGCCAACGCAGUCAGCACCAAGUCUGUGAAGAGGACGAUCACCGACAACGUGAAUGGUGAGGUGAAACGCCCUCGUGUCAAUUCAGACGAGGCAGGUAGCACGCAGGCGGGCGACUCUCGCAAGCCUGAGCGACAAAUUUCCCAGCCUCUCGCAACCUCCACCCACAGCACGUCUGUGCCGUUGGAAGAACCAGAGAAACGCCCUGCAAAGGAGAAUUCGCCGGCCGCACGUUUGCCGUCGCCAAAGCGCGUCCUCGACAAACCCGAGGAAAAGAGCAAGCGUCCCAAUGUGCUGCCAGCGGACGAAUCGGUCGCUCCCCCGGCCAAGAAGCCGAAACCGGCCGAGUCACCCCGUCUGCAAAAGCCAGCAGUCGUCUCCCCUGCGCCGCCGACCCCCUCACCCCCAACUCCGAAAGCAACUUCAGAACCCCCGAAACCGAUUCAGCCGGGCCUGAAACCUCCGAGUCAAACUUCACUCUUGCUGAAACAGCAAAUCGCUCAGCAAAGGGAGCAGCAGAAAAAGAUGCAGAUCAAGCAGCAGCAGCAACAGCAGCUCUUGAAAAUGCAGAGGCAGCAGAUGCUGAAUCAGAAACAGGCAAAGGUAAGUCUGAACAAGACUCAGUCGGAGGCCAAGUCCAUGAUGGCCAUGAAGCAGAUGCCUCAACUGCAGAAGGUUCCUCAGAAGCAAAUGAUGAAGAACAAUGCCCGGCCGGUCAUGCCUCAACCUGCCACGGCCAGCAUUGGUACUCAGUCUCUGCCGAUUGUGACGAAAACCCCGGAAUCUGCACCAAAACAGACCAUGCCUACUCAAAAACCAACCACCCCUCAAAUGGUCAAGUCAACUCAAGUGCAGGCCAAGCCUCCUCCUACCUCAAGCGUUCCAACUACAGUCAGCGUGUCUACCUCAACGGCCAUCAGCAAGCCAGUGUCUGCUGCAAGCCCAAGCCAGACCAACCCACCCCCAAUCACCACCGCUGAGCAGCGAAAACUCACCAGUGACAUGAUUGAGAAGAACAAAAUGCGACCUGUGGUGGUCAUUGAGCGCCACGGAAACGGCCGACCAAAGGUCAAGCAGGUUCCUUCCCCUCUCAAGCUGCACCAGCAGAUGUCCAGGGAGUUCAACAAAAUCAUCUCGGCUGAGCAGCCGAGCACCCCUAAACAAACCACCCCCGCCACCACCCUCACCGUGGCUCCCACCGACUCUGCGACAAAGUUGAAAAUCGUCAAGACGCCCACAACGAGUCCUGAAAACAAGGAAGAGGCCAACAAGAAGCCUGAACAGCCCAAACAGGCUUCAAAAUCUCCUCAGGCUGAAGAGGAGACGCCAAAAGGCAAAAAUCACAACGAAGUGGGCGCACUUGAUCUCUCUGGAAAAUCCUCACGCAAGAGUGACUCUCCUUGCAGCAGUGUUGGCUCUCCCUCCCCUCCUGCCCCCAAAGUUCCCUCACCAGUUCUGCCCAUCGAGCAGAGAAAAUCACCUCCUGCCCCUCCUAAGGCCGCACCACCCCCACCGGCUCCUCAAAAACAGCCUCAACCCCAACAGCCGAAACCCCAAAAACCAGCUGUGCAGAAAAAAGAUCAGAAUGUCAUGAAAAUCGCCCAAAAUUGUCUGAACGAAAAGUUCGCCUUCUUCCGGCAGUUCCCAAAUCCCACCCCUCAGGCGCCCUCCCCGCCCAGCACCUCUGACGCGGCGGCCUUGAGCAAAAUCACGUCGUUCAGCUACCAGAGUCUGAUGAACGAAGCCUUCAUCCGCAGCAAAGCCCAGCAGCAGUACAAGGCCUUCGUCCAGCAGCACCAACAGCGAGGAGUCCGGAUGCAGAACGCGCAGAAACUGAACACCUACGGCCCCAGGCCGAACAAAACCCCCCCGCAGAACAACUCGGUCACCAUUCGAAUCCCGACCGCCAACAAACCAGAGUCGCCGGUGAUGACUCCGAACCGGAUGCCACCGCGCAUCCAUGACCUCUUCCCCAAUCCACAAGCAAAACCGGGCCCCAACCAGGCCGUCCGGCACAUCCCGAACCCCAGCCUCCUCGGAAGGCAGAACGCGAUGCGCAUGCAGCAGCCGAUGGACCCUGCCGCCGUCCGCAAGGACGAAAUCACCAUCACGCCGGCGAGGAGUUCGCCCGGCUCUGCAAACCCGCAGGUAUCUUCCCUGCGAAAGAUCGAAACGCUGACGCAGAAUCUGCAGCGCAGCAUUUGCGAAGGAAAAAUGUCGCCGCCCGGCAUGGGUGUCGUAGCCACCGAGGCGUCCCAAUAGCAUACGGCCUACUCGGUUUUCUGCAACAACGGCAGAAACCCGCCGGCCAGAUUUUACUGUAAUUGAACCAAAGAUGAGAAUUUCUCAGUUUUGAAAAUAAUUUGGCAUUUGUAAAUAUAUAUUGUAGCCAGAAAAGAAAUAUUAUCAAAAAUCUAAGACAAGUACAAAAAUAAGAAUGGCAAAGUAGAGGAAAGUGUCAUAAAAGUAACGAUGGAGAGAUAAAAAGGAAAAUAAAUAAAUAUUUAUUAGUCAUGUAGAUUUUCAACCUACGCAAAAUAGUCAUCUUCUCGAUUUAAUUGUUGCUGUCAAAGUGAGAAGUUGUAUCAUACAGAACGGAUUAUGAUGUUAUUGGUGAAGUGAAAAAAUGAAUGUAAUCUUCAAUAUUCCUGUUAUUAUUCAAUAUCGUUUUUUGUAGAAAUUUCCACUUGUAAAUUUGCAAAUCUAUAUGUGUAAAAUUAUCAUUGAUUUAUCGUUUUCCUCGUUGAAUGUAUGAGCGUACAAAUAAAAAACGAAAACUAUACAU